AUGACUGGUAAUGUUGUCCGUACGCCUGCCUCUAGAGCUGUUUCUAAGAGCAAAGCUAACGACAAGUCUAAGUCUAAGAUUGGUCGUCCUCGAUCUGGAAGCUUGACCCUAUCUAAACGCUCCAUCGAGAGUGAAGACAACAUCAACAAUGAGGUCUUAUCUGAUGAUGAUCUACCUGUCGGUAGUGAUCUAGAACCUGAAGUUCUCGACACGGCUACUGAUGAUGGUAAUGUUAAGAAAGCUGUUUCUACCGACACAUUAACUAUGGUUGCUAAUGGUCAAGGCAAUUCUGAAUCGUCUACUCAGAUUGCCAUGGUACAGG